UGUAAAAAUGUAAAAUGAUUUUCUGAUUUAGAAUGAGGUUAACUGCUUAAAAGGACUACUAACCGUUUUAUCUUUCUGAAAAAACCGAAAUUACUUUCCGAACAGCUCAAUAUUUAUUCGAUCAUUUAUUGUGUAUAAAUAAUAGAAAUUAUCAGUCACGUAAUUUGUCUUAUUCACUAAUUUACUCGCAGCUGCUUAAUGCAAUAAUGCACAUGGAUAAUUCCCUCGAAUUCGUGGCAGCCUUAGGAUUAGUUUCUGGACUCCAAAUUUAUCUAUUCGCAGCCAAUUAUAGUGGACAAUUGAUCGUGGACCACGGUAACGAACUAUUUAACGCAAUAUACAAAUCGCUGUGGUAUGUAGCGCCUGUGACGAUGCAGAGACUACUGUUGUUCAUGAUGCGAUGUAACAUAAAAGGUUGCAAGCUAUGUGCCAACAAUUUAUUCAUUGCAUCGCUGGAGGGCUUCACUACGGUAAGGUUUACGGUAGCGCACGUUUGCGAGACGUCCAUCGACAUUCUAUCAAUCCCACAGGAUCGUUUGUUGUAGAUCUCGAGCAUGUCGAUGUCCUACUUCACGGUGAUCUACUCCACGCAGCAAUUUAAUAAGUAACGCGACGCGGAAAGCGCGCCGCUGCGACGCUCUCGUAGUUCAUGUAGAAUUAUUUCCCAGUAAAGAUAGAAAAUUAAAGUUAUGGAGCGGUAGCAUCCUCCAUUGUUGGCGUGUCGAUAAAUAACAGAUAAAUAAAUAAAUGCCAAUAAAUGAUUAUAUAUCGUUUACCGUAUCGUAUAUUGCUCUCUUAUCUAGUGCGCAAUGGUUUCGCCGGUUUCCGUUCGCGAGUUUUAUUUCAUCGUCGAAUACAAAAAUCUAUCUAUUGGGUGAGUGCAAAAG